AGAGAGAGGGGGAGAGGGAGAGAGAUGCCAUCCAAAUUACCUACAGAAACAGUGAGGAGAGCUUCUCUUCUCGAUUGCUAGGACACAGAAGACCUUACUUUGCUGCUACAACAUUCCUUCUUUCUUCCAAGAUAGAAGUGUGCAGCAACAGCAGUGAUUUUCUCACUCAGUAACAGAAAUCCCCAGAUCUUCCACAGCCAAAGAGAACAGAUAAAACCUCUUUUAGGCUGGCUCCAGAAGACCCAGAUUCUGUUUGACUACUACCUUUUUGGAUAAAUAUUUUGGGGUUCAGGAUGAAUAAGACAAGGGCUGUUAAUGAUGGUUUUCCUUUCCUGAAUAGUAAGAACUGGAGCUCAAACCGAAGCUUCCCCAUGCACAUUUCUAAUCAGUGCAGGAACAUCACUGACCUUACUGUCUUUCUAGCCACCUCUUACAGCUUGGAGACUGUCCUAGGCAUUGUGGGAAACAUCUGUCUGAUUGCUGUCAUUGCCAGGCAGAAGGAAAAGUCCAACGUCACCAACAUCCUAAUUUCCAACUUAAUAAUUUCAGACUUGUUUAUGUGUGUUGUCUGUCUGCCUUUCACCGUUGUUUACACCAUGAUGGACUACUGGAUGUUUGGGGAAGUCAUGUGCAAAAUGACCUCUUUCACUCAGUGCACAUCUGUGACAGUGUCAAUUCUUUCCCUUGUCCUUAUUGCUCUGGAAAGACACCAGCUCAUCAUAAACCCGACUGGUUGGAGGCCAAGUAUCUCCCAAGCCUAUCUAGGAAUUGGAGUAAUUUGGACUUUAGCAUGUCUCAUGUCCCUGCCCUUUUUGACCACAUCCAUCUUGUCUAAUGAUUUGUAUAAGCAGCUCUCACACAUCAUGAAUUUUUCCACUGACAAGGCCAUAUGCAUCGACUCGUGGCCUUCUGAGCAACACAGACUUAUCUACACUACCACUUUACUGCUCUUGCAAUAUUGCAUCCCGCUGUUCUUCAUUAUACUUUGCUACCUGCGUAUCUACUUACGUCUACAGAAGAGAAAGGACAUGUUUGAGAAGAGUGAAUAUAGCAACCGAGCAGUUCAGCUGAGAAGGAUAAAUAUUUUGUUAGCAUCCAUGGUUGCUGCUUUUGCUGUUUGCUGGCUACCAUUGCAUGUUUUCAACACCAUCGUGGACUGGAAUUACAAAAUCAUUUCGCCUUGCCACCACAAUUUGAUCUUCUCAUUGUGCCACCUGGUAGCUAUGGCUUCCACCUGUGUCAACCCUGUUAUCUAUGGUUUCCUAAAUAGCAACUUCAAAAAAGAAGUGAAGUCACUGAUUCUGAGUUGCCAGCAUAAUUCAGUAACUGCAUCGAUGGAAGAAUAUGAUCAUUUGCCUUUAUCCACCAUGCAGACUGAAAUUUCCAAGGGCUCACUGAUGUUGAACUGCAGACAUAAUUCUAUCUAGCUAGUAGAAGACAUUUCAGAGGGGUGCACUGACACCACACACCUAUAGGUAUAAAAAGCAACUAGUGAUGCUAUAGCUGGGAUGUGAACAGGAACCCAUUACUGCCUGAUUUUUGGAAGAACAGGCAAAAGAAGGUCGUAAAUGUAUAUAAUAGCUCGUAUGGUACACAAGUUGUUCAUGUCAUUGAGAUGAUACAGACAUUGAGGAGACUGGGCUGAUGUAUAAGUGGCUGCUCUAACAGAUCAGUAACUAAGCUGUGGCUGCACAUAGACUGACACAGGGUUCAUCAGCUAAGUUCACAUCUCUACCAUGGCUGCGGUUGAAACCCAGACUUCCAGUUUCAGCACUGCAGGCUACCAAAAGUUGCAUCAGAGAAGACUCUCUCAGUUUCUCAGUAUUAGUAGGAUUUUUAUGCACAGCUGACACACCAGUGGAACAGAGAUAUGUAAAUACAUAAUUUUUUGUGCUUUACAACUUCCACAGCCCAUUAGGUA